GUCGGAGGCUAAGAGGAGGAGGAGGAGUUUGUGGGCCACCCGGAGUGGGCUCCUUGCUCCUUCUUUGCGUGGCGGUUAGGCUGGGUGCCCGGCAACAGUAAGAGUUAUUUCUCAGCUUUCUUUUAGUCAAGAUGAGUGAUAAGCCAGACUUGUCAGAAGUGGAGAAGUUUGACAGGUCAAAAUUGAAGAAAACUAAUACUGAAGAAAAAAAUACACUUCCCUCUAAGGAAACUAUCCAGCAGGAGAAAGAGGGCGCUAAAACAUCGUAAAAUGGAAAUCUCUUCCCAAGAGCAAAUUUCAGUAUUGCCUGAGAGUCUUGGUUUUAGGCUUGUUUUUUGUAGUAAACCUAUGUGUUUGUAGAGAUGUUAGGCAUCUUGUGAUGUUUUCUUACCUGUCUUCCCUGGCUAAGAGGUCAAAGAUUGCCAAUUUCCUUUAAGUUUGCUUUUAAACUGCCUAUCAGUGUGUAAAUUUUAGGUAGCCAGUGCUUUCAGUCAUCUCACCAUUGAUGACUUUCAUGUGUAUAGUCCUUGUACCUCAUAUAGGAAAAGCCAAUUUUAACCUUCUGUAUUGCUUCAUAAUAUUCAUGAAGUUUCCUGCUUUUGCAACCUCUCAUGGUUUAUUUUCAUUUAUAAUGUAGCAAUAAAAUAAAAAUAUGUA